CAGAAUCACUUCCGGUGCAGGUGUUUUCCAUGUUUUGUUUCUGUUGCCUCUCAGUUUAGUUUCAGCUUCAGUCUGCAUCAGUUUACCUCAUUUAUUUCCAGCCGUCAUGUCUCGGGGAUCGAGUGCGGGGUUUGACCGUCAUAUUACCAUCUUUUCUCCGGAGGGAAGACUCUACCAAGUCGAGUAUGCCUUCAAAGCCAUCAACCAGGGAGGACUGACCUCGGUGGCGGUCAGAGGGAAGGACUGCGUUGUUGUCGUCACGCAGAAGAAAGUCCCGGACAAGCUGUUGGAUGCCAUGACAGUCACACAUCUGUUCAGAAUCACAGAGAGCAUUGGCUGUGUGAUGACCGGCAUGACUGCUGACAGCAGGUCUCAGGUGCAGAGAGCUCGAUAUGAAGCAGCUAACUGGCAGUAUAAGUAUGGCUAUGAGAUCCCUGUGGACAUGCUGUGCAAGCGCAUGGCUGACAUCUCUCAGGUCUACACACAGAAUGCUGAGAUGAGGCCGCUAGGCUGCUGUAUGAUCGUGGUCGGGCUGGAUGAGGAGUUGGGCCCACAGCUGUUUAAGUGUGAUCCAGCUGGCUACUACUGUGGCUUCAAAGCUACAGCAGCUGGAGUCAAACAGACCGAGGCCACUAGUUUCCUCGAGAAGAAAGUCAAAAAGAAACUGGACUGGACCUAUGAGCAGAUUAUAGAGAUGGCUAUCUCAUGUCUGUCCACUGUUCUGUCCAUUGACUUCAAGCCCUCUGAGCUGGAGGUGGGAGUUAUCACCACACAGGAACCCAGAUUCAAGAUUCUGUCUGAGUCUGAGAUUGAUACUCACCUGGUGGCUUUGUCUGAGAGGGAGUAAAGAAAUUUGCCAGCUGUUUUAUAAAAAGAAUGUUAAACGGUAAAACCAGAAACAAACGUCCCUCACACUAAAGACUCAACUAGAAGGAAGGCAGAGGAGGAGCUGGUGGCAUCAUGUUCAGAGGAGACAAUAAAAGACAUUUUACACCAGGUGGGUAGAAUGUUACCCAUCUGCACCAACACUUCAACCAUCUCCCCCUUCACCCUACCUGGUUAAACGCCGGACCUGAUGGAACAUAAUCUUAUUCACAUACCCAGCCCUCCUGCAUUUUCCGUCUCUCUAAACUGGGACGCUCUUCCUGCAGCCGGCUGCCCAGUGUCAGAUCCUGGGAAGGGCAUUCACGUCAGUCCAACAUACGACACAUGAGAAUAAUAUGCUCCUUGGUGUCAAAGUGGCAUCUCUGGCUGCAGCUCGGCCUAAAUGACUUCACUUGAUGAGCGUGACAUGAGCAGACUGGAAGAUGGAGGUGUGGUAACACUACAACUACAGCACAAUACCUCAUCAAUAUGAACUCAGUGGUCCUGUAGCUUCUCCAGUCACUGUAUUCCCACAGUGCUUUGUCAACAUCUUUACUCAGGGCUGCCACUACGUGUAUCUCUCUCUGAUUUCAUCUUCUUUAACGUCCUGUCUCUCCUCUGAAGUUUCAGGAUGAUGCUAAUGUUUUGUACUUUGUGAUAACCCAGGGAACAGCUGUGGGAAUUCUCUCAUUGCGACAGUUAUUGUCACACCACUGUUUGAAGUCUGCUCAGGUCAGCGUCUCUAGGAAGUCACCAGUUAUUUCACUCUCUCCAUCCUUGUCCCCUCUGCUAAAAUUGUUGCUGUACAUGACUGCACUUCUAUUAAACAGUGUUUUUAUUUAA